AAGAUUUUCAGCCUCUGCCGUGUGUCUCGAACUCUAUCAUCAAUAAACUGCAUCAAAGCGCUUCAUAGACUUAUUUGUGAACCAUGGCAACAAGCUUGUUGACAGGUGCCAUCUUCGGCACAGGCCUCACUCUCUCAGGCGUAGCAAAUCCGCAGGUCAUAAAGAAUCAGUUCCGCCUCUCCGACUUUCACAUGCUCGCCACAUUCCUCACCGCAUCCGCAACCAGCGCCGCAAUCUUCACCCUCUACAACUCCAAAACCACCAAGAUUCCCGCCCGAUCAGCAAGCUCGCACAGGUGGCUGGGCCCGUACGACGGUAACAUCAUCGGUGGUGCCAUGCUAGGUCUGGGGAUAAGCUUAACGGGUGCUUGUCCCGGGACGGUCCUCGUGCAGGCCACGGCGGGUAUUGGCGCCAGUCGGUUGCUCGCAUGUACGUCGUUCCUUGCGGGCGUUAUCUGGGUGCGGUGUAAGCCGUGCAUAGUCAAGCCGCCAACGAGCCGUGCCCGGAAUACAUCGGUUAUGGAUGUUACCGGGUUGUCUGCAGGCAAGGUUCUCGUCGGGUAUGAGAUAAUCAUGCUUGCGAUACUCACCGGAAUCUUAUACAUUGCCCCGAGAAGUGUUACCAUGCUGCAUCCGGUUGUCGGUGGCCUCCUCAUAGGCUUCGGACAGUUAUCGUCUGUUAUCUUGACCGAGAAGCCCGUUGGGGUCAGCGGUGCCUAUGAGGAGUUUGGAAAGUUCUUCUGGGAUAUUGUCAGUGGCAAGGGUAUUAAAUCAGUCCCUCAGAACAUCCUCUUUGCAUGUGGAUUAAUGAUGGGAUCUUGGGCGACGUUAUCCAACUUUCCGGCCAUCCGGGAGGUCAUGGCACAAAGUGAACAGGCAUCACUGCCAAUGGUUCUGGUUGGCGGAGCUUUUCUAACGUUCGGCGCUCGCAUCGCUGGUGGAUGUACAAGUGGUCAUGGUAUCAGUGGUAUGGCCACGAUGGGAUUGAGCUCCUUUAUCAGUAUCGCUUCGAUGUUUGGUGCUGGGUUGGUGGCCGGAUUCCUGUUUGCUUAGACCUCGUUUUUAGAAGAAAGUCUUGCUUGAUCACUCGUUACCUUCACUCGUUUACUAAACUUAGAAUAUAGAUUAGAAUAUGUUUGGACCUUUUGGAGUAAAAUAGUAUUAUUUGAUGUAUCUUAAGCACGCGGG